UACAGUCUCACGGAUCUCACACCCCGUAUGAACUUUUUCCCUUUGAUUUGUUGAUUAAAGAAGAAAAAAUCGCGCCAACCGCGUCAAAAAAGAAAAAAAUCGCGCCAACCGUUCCGAAAAGUAUCGGAUUGGGUUAGAAAUUGCGCCAAUCCAUCGAGCUGCGGGAUCCAGGCGCGGCGGGUUCGCAACCCUAGUUUUUCGAUCUGAUCUUUCCCCGAUCUCGACUUGCGCGCACUUGGGCGAACAUGGCAGCGAUCAUGGCGGCGCGCGGGCAGGGUCUGGAGCAAGAUUUCGAUUUCUUCGUGGUGGUCGACUUCGAGGCGACCUGCGUGAAAGACGGGCGGAUCUUCCCGCAAGAAAUCAUCGAGUUCCCCGCGGUGCUCGUCGACGGCGCCACCGGCCGCAUCGUGUCCGCGUUUCGCAGGUACGUUCGUCCUAAGCAUCACCCUGUGCUGACCCAAUUUUGCAGGGAGCUCACCGGCAUCCGGCAGGAGGACGUCGACAGCGGCGUGGAACUCGGCGAGGCGCUCUGGCUACACGACGCUUGGCUGAAGGCGGCGACGGCGGGAGCAGAGAACAAGAGAGGCGUCCGCUUGGCCGUGGUGACCUGGGGGGACUGGGACUGCCGGACCAUGCUCGAGUUCGAGUGCCGCUUCAAGGGCAUCGAGAAGGCCUCCUACUUCAAUCGCUGGAUCAACCUGAGGCUCCCCUUCCAGGCGGCGCUCGGCGGCGGAGGGCGGGUCAACCUGCAGGAGGCGGUCCGGGCGGCGGGGCUGGACUGGGAGGGCCGCCUGCACUGCGGGCUCGACGAUGCGCUCAACACGGCGCGGCUGCUUGCUGAGAUCAUGCGGCGCGGGGUCAAGAUCACCAUCACCGGCUCGCUGGCGCCGCCGCCGCCGAUCCAGCAGAAGCAGCAGCCUGGCGCAAGCCCUUGUGGUGGCUCACCGGUGCUGGCGCCGCCACCGAUCCUGCAGCAGCCGCCUCGCACAGGCCCCUGCAGUGGCACAUUUGCGCUGGUGCCGGCGCAGGCGCCGAUCCAGCAGAAGCAGCAGCCGCCGCCGCAGCCUCACAUAAUCAGCCCCUGCGGUGGCUCCUCCGCGACAUGCUUCUCGUACUGCGGAGUGGCGACAAGAGGAGCCAUGGAGCCAGUGUCGAUGCGAUCUGGAUGCGCCAACUGGACGCCGGCCAUGGGACCUUACUUCCUGUGGAGCAACUGAACAAACGAUCCAUGAGACUGGGAUUCAGAAUCCAGUGUCGCUCAGCUGCUAGUAUUGAUCGUCCUAGCCAUCAGAAUCAGGGCGGGCCCAGGAAUUCAAGACCGUGUAUUCAAAAUUUGAAAACUUUUUUUUGAGGCCUACAGCCUUCCUUUUGGUGCGUAAAACUAAUUAUAGCAACAUAUUGUACUAGUUCUAGACUAUAUAAAAGAUACCACAUAAUGUAUUAUAUUCAUAAAAAAUGAUCA